GAACGCUCACGCUGCCGCCCUCGCCCUGUCGAUUCGGUUAGAAAGCCUUUUCCUCCAAGUCUCCUCUCUCGCUAUUUCUCGCUCCCUCGAUCGCGGAGGCUUUAGGGUUUGGGUGGCGAUGGAGAGCUUGAUCGGACUGGUGAACCGGAUCCAAAGAGCGUGCACGGCGCUCGGCGACCACGGCGAUGCCGAGGAGAGCGGCGUCGGGUUGCCCACCCUGUGGGAGGCGCUCCCCUCCGUCGUUGUCGUCGGAGGACAGAGUUCGGGAAAGUCUUCGGUCCUGGAGAGCAUCGUCGGGAGAGACUUCCUUCCCCGUGGUUCUGGGAUCGUCACGAGGAGGCCCUUGGUGCUACAGCUGCACAAGGUUGAUGAAGGAAAGGUGGAGUACGCCGAGUUCCUCCAUCUUCCUAGGAGGAGAUUCACCGACUUCUCUCUUGUGCGCAAGGAAAUUGAAGAUGAAACGGAGAGGUUGACAGGAAAAACAAAACAAAUUUCUACCCAUCCAAUUCAUCUCAGCAUUUACUCACCAAAUGUUGUGAAUUUAACAUUGAUUGAUCUACCUGGACUCACUAAGGUUGCUGUUGAGGGUCAGCCAGAUAGUAUUGUUCAGGAUAUUGAAACUAUGGUUCGAUCAUAUGUUGCUAAGCCAAACUGCAUAAUACUAGCUAUAUCACCUGCCAAUCAAGAUAUUGCAACUUCUGAUGCAAUGAAGCUUGCAAAAGAAGUUGAUCCGACAGGGGAAAGGACAUUUGGAGUUUUAACAAAGCUAGAUCUGAUGGACAAGGGAACAAAUGCCCUAGAUGUUCUUGAAGGAAGAUCAUAUCGACUACAAUAUCCAUGGGUCGGUGUGGUUAACCGUUCGCAGGCAGAUAUUAACAAGAAUGUUGAUAUGAUUGUUGCCAGAAGAAAAGAACGGGAAUAUUUUGCAACUAGUCCUGAUUAUUCACAUGUAGCCAGUAGAAUGGGCUCUGAAUACCUGGCUAAGCUUCUGUCAAAGCAUUUAGAGUCUGUGAUUAGGUCUCGUAUUCCAAGCAUCACAUCUUUAAUAAAUAAAACCAUAGAUGAACUUGAGGCAGAGAUGAACCAUCUCGGUAGACCCAUUGCUGUUGACGCAGGGGCUCAAUUGUACACCAUAUUGGAAAUGUGCCGAGCAUUUGAUCGAGUCUUCAAAGAACAUCUAGAUGGAGGGCGGCCUGGUGGUGAUCGAAUUUAUGGUGUAUUUGAUAAUCAACUCCCUGCUGCUCUGAAGAAACUUCCGUUCGACCGGUACCUGUCGCUGCAGAAUGUAAAGAAGGUGGUCUCUGAAGCAGAUGGUUAUCAGCCUCACUUAAUUGCUCCUGAGCAAGGAUAUCGCCGUCUAAUUGAAGGUGGACUUGGUUACUUCAGAGGCCCAGCCGAGGCAUCCGUUGAUGCUGUACACUAUGUCUUAAAGGAACUUGUAAGGCAGUCAAUAGGAGAGACUCAGGAAUUGAGAAGGUUCCCCACUCUGCAAACAGAGUUAGCCGCUGCCGCAUAUGAAGCCCUGGAAAGAUUCCGCGAAGACAGUCGAAAGACUGCACUUCGACUUGUUGACAUGGAGGCCUCAUACUUGACAGUGGAAUUCUUCCGCAAGCUCCCGCAAGAGGUGGAAAGGGGCAAUAACCCUGCUGGUAGUAAUCCUACUGGCAAAAAACCUGAUGACAGUAAUCCUGCUGGUCCUACAAUUGAUCGAUAUGGCGAGGGACAUUUCAGGAGGAUAGGAUCAAAUGUAUCCGCGUACAUUAGCAUGGUAUCAGACACACUCAGAAACACUAUACCAAAAGCUGUGGUCUACUGUCAAGUUCGAGAAGCCAAGCGAUCUCUGCUCAAUCAUUUCUACACGCAAGUGGGGAAAAAGGAGGGAAAGCAGCUCGCAUCUAUCUUGGAUGAGAAUCCAGCCUUGAUGGAACGCAGGAUGCAGUGUGCAAAGAGGCUUGAAUUGUACAAAUCUGCAAGGGACGAGAUUGAUUCCGUCUCCUGGAACAGAUGAGAUUACUUAAAACUUGUUAGGCACUCGUGUAGUAUAAAUGUUACAUAUCUGAGAACUACUCACUAAAUUUCUUUGCAGCAUGCUGCGAUUUGUUUUGAUUUUAUUUCUUGGUCACAUUUGCUUCUGUAGUUGCCUUCCAGCAACUCUUAAAUAUGUUUUGUACUCUUUAUCAUAGUGCAGUACAUAGUGUUGAAUUGUUCCUUUAUA